AUGGCACCUCUCCUCUCAGAGCUCCCAGCCGAGCUUCUACAUCUCAUUGUCGGCUACUUGCCAAACAAGGGCAUCAAGGCUUUGCGGCUCACGUGUAGAACACUGUGCAACGCCGCCCAGCUCCGCCUAGACCGCGUCUUUCUCUCCGCCAAUCCGCUCAACAUUGCUGUUUUUCGGGCCGUUGCCGAUAGUGAUACAUACCGGCAUGGUGUAAAAGAGAUAGUUUGGGAUGAUGCUCGUCUUGAGAAACCGCCGCCCCGUAACAUCUACCGGGACGAAGCGGAAGAAAUUGAAGACCCCCAAUGGGAGGAUGAUCAGGACCAUGAAUGGUUCAUUCAUGAAAUGAGGUGGAAUAAAGAGUACAUUCCAUAUCGCAAGGGGGGCGUGGGUCCAAGAAGCGCGCCUGAAGACCCUCGUCUUGCCCCGCAUCUCGCCAAUGAGCUUCCUCCCAGGGUAUGCUGGCAGUAUUAUCAGAAUAUUCUCCAGCAGCAGGAGGAUGUGAUCAAUUUCAACAAGGAUGCCGAAGCUCUCUGGUAUGGUCUGAAACGGUUUCCAGCCCUGGAGAGAAUCACGCUCACCCCUGCCGCGCAUGGCUGGCUCUGGGCUCCAGUAUACGAGACUCCGAUGAUCCGUGCUUUCCCCAAAGGUUUCAACUACCCAAUUCCCCGAGGCUGGACCAAUGGUCGCCACGUGUGGAGCGGGACACCCGCAAGGCCAUGGGAGGAUCCAGAGGUCAGGGCGACAUAUCGUGGCUUUGGAAUAAUAACGCGUGCGUUGACGGAAUAUCCCGAGCACCAGAUAUCAGAGCUGGUCAUCGACGUCAAUUACCUGGAAACUGGUCUAAAUUGUCGUGUCUUCGAAGAGCCCAGUGCGGAGUACUAUGACUUCGGGACAAUUCUUCAACGACCAGGAUUUCGACGCCUCGACCUCGCCCUUUAUGUUCGGGGUGAGGAGCACACCGGGUGGCGGUGCUACCGCAGCCGACUGCUGUCCCGCGCCCUUGCCAACGCGCACGACCUUGAACACUUCAGUCUCCACACGAACGUCUCGCCAGAUGCAGCAACUGAUACUACCAAUUACAGCGGCGGUGACCCGCGUGCAGGAUGGGUACCGCUGCGAAUAAUUGUGCCCGUCGAAAGCUGGCACUCCCUUCGUCACUUCGGCCUCUCGGGUUUUCAUGUUGACAAGGAUGAUCUUAUCGAGUUGCUGGAACUGAUGCCAGCCAUUCAUUCACUCUUUCUCGGUCACCUGUAUUUCGUCGAUAACGGAGGGUGCUUUCGCGAGCUACUUGAUGAUAUGCGUGAUAAGCUAGACUGGCGUGCUCGAGACCCAGCUGCGCGUCCCACAAUCUCCAUCUCUGUGCCCACCGAUUACCAACAGAUUGGCCACGCUGUUUGGGUUGACAAGGAGGUAGCUGAGUUUAUGUACGGGGAAGGCCCGAAUCCGUGGUUAAGGAGUGGCAGGGGAAGCAUUGUCACGCCACAUGGGGUCAUUCGGGAUGCAUUUUUGCCCGGAGCGGAGUGGUCUACUUGGCCGUUUGAUGAUUAG